CUCAGCCUUGGAGACUCUUCGCCUGAGCGCAGCGUCGCUCUUACGCGCGUCUGGCUCUGACAUCAUCCGCUCUGAGGUGACAGAUAUGGCAAUGCCGCUCUUGCGGUGCAGUUUAGUCGUCUUGAGACGGACGGACUAAAGCCACCGCCAUCAUGUCCCUUACCUGGUCGGCCAAAGACCACAAAAACAUGAGUCAGACCGCCGCGACAGGCCAGAAACGAUCGCGUAAUGACGCGGGGAACAAAGUGACGGUGGUGCUCGGUGCGCAAUGGGGAGACGAAGGCAAAGGGAAAGUCGUCGAUUUGCUGGCCACCGAAGCGGACUACGUGUGCAGAUGUCAGGGGGGCAACAAUGCAGGACACACAGUGGUGGUGGAUGGCAAGGAGUACGACUUUCACCUUCUCCCUAGUGGAAUUAUCAACCCUAAAAGCAUAUCACUUAUUGGUAAUGGUGUGGUCAUACAUCUACCUGGCUUGUUUGAGGAAGGCGAUAAAAAUGAGAAAAAAGGUCUGAAAGGCUGGGAGAAGAGGCUAAUUGUCUCAGACAGAGCUCACCUUGUCUUUGAUUUCCACCAAGUCGUCGAUGGCCUACAGGAAACUGAAAGACAAGCACAGGAAGGAAAGAACAUCGGAACAACCAAAAAAGGCAUCGGACCGGCGUACUCCAGCAAAGCCUCCCGCACCGGCCUACGCGUCUGUGACCUCCUUGGUGACUUUAAGGACUUCUCUAUGAGAUUCAAGAACCUCGUCCGCCAGUAUCAGUCCAUGUACCCAUCCUUGACAGUUGACGUUGAGGACCAACUGAAAAAGCUCAAGGAUUAUGCUGAGAGAUUGCGGCCAAUGGUUAGAGAUGGGGUCUAUUACAUGUAUGAAGCACUUCAUGGACCUCCAAAGAAAAUUCUGGUUGAAGGGGCCAAUGCUGCUCUCCUGGACAUUGACUUCGGCACGUAUCCCUUUGUGACGUCUUCAAACUGCACUGUGGGCGGAGCAUGCACUGGCCUUGGCAUCCCUCCUCUGAAUAUCGGUGAUGUGUUUGGAGUAUCAAAGGCCUACACAACCAGAGUUGGAAUCGGGGCUUUCCCUACAGAACAGCUCAAUGCAGUGGGAGAGCUGCUGCAGACAAGAGGUCACGAGGUUGGUGUGACCACAGGAAGGAAGAGACGCUGUGGAUGGUUGGAUCUCGUCAUCGUCAGAUAUGCUCAUAUGAUCAAUGGUUUCACCGCCAUUGCUUUGACAAAACUUGACAUCCUGGAUGUGCUUGAUGAAAUAAAAGUUGGAGUCGCCUACAAACUCAAUGGAAAAAGGAUUCCACACUUCCCAGCCAACAUGGAUGUUUUGCACAAAGUGGAGGUUGAGUAUGAGACCUUCCCUGGUUGGAAAACGGACACGUCUGCAGCCAGGAAGUGGAACGACCUCCCAGCCAAGGCCCAGAACUACAUCCGUUUCAUAGAGAACCACAUUGGAGUCCCCAUCAAGUGGGUUGGUGUUGGAAAGUCCAGGGAGUGCAUGAUCCAGAUGUUCUAGAAGGUCUUCUUCACCUCUGGAUGGAAGCGCAAGCAUACGGCUCUAUUUGGCAUUUACUCAUCACCUAAAACUACCUUCUUCCACCUCUUUAUUGAAUAAACAAGACAUCUAUGUGA